AUGAUCGCUCUAUUCGUUAUCAUAUAUGAAUAUUUUUUUUGUCUACCUGCUAUGACACAGCGGCAUCGUUCGUUGAAAAUUAUUGAUACAUUUGAUGAACAAUUCUCUUCGUUGUCCUCUGAGGAUUUGCAAACCUUUGUCGCACAUGUUCGUCGCCGUUUAGAUGAUGACGGUGAAAAGGAGAAAUCCUCGAAACAACGAAAUGACAUAGAAGAAGAAACAGAAGGACAAAAUACGAUUUGGUCUCGAGUUUGUCUUCUGUCAUUUUUACUGAUUCUUCAAUCGGGUUCAUCAUUUAUUUUACAAUCAUUUUCUGAUCUAAUUUCUCGGCACAUUUUAAUAACUAUGUAUUUAACUAUGCUUGUCGGAGCUGGCGGUAAUGCCGGUAAUCAAGCAGCUGUUUUAGUUAUUCGUCGUUUAGCAACAUCGCGGACGUUUUCUGUUCGACCACUUCUUAUACGAGAAACAUUUUCUGCGAUUAUUAUUGGCCUGCUAGUCACUUCAGUUGGCUUCGUUCGUGUUUGGAUUGAAGAACGCGGUGCAGUUUUACCAUCAUUAACUAUUGCUAUUGCUUUAUUCUGUAUUGUAACAUCAUCAAUCUUACUUGGGACGCUUCUUCCAGUCGUUCUACAACGUAUCGUACAUGUUGAUCCAGCACAUGCUGGUCCGAUUAUUCAAGUCGUCAUGGAUAUUCUUGGUGUUUGUAUUACUUGUGCUAUUGGGCAAACACUGCUUGUUAAUUUUUCGUCUCAUAAACACAAAGANCGAUUGCCGAAUGAACAUACACAACCAAUAGUAACGAUCCGUCGUUUGAGCAAAUAUCGUCACCAGGCUCUAAGACAUAAUCAUAUUGUUCAGCUGGUGGAAUCGAUCGAUGUAUUGGCGGAUAGGAUUCAUUAA